AGGGUGGAAGUUGAGCCAAAGGUUAUCAAUGAUUUUUACUGUUUUUCCAAGAAUUGAAAGUUUUAUCAAGAAACUGACCUCAGGCAUCAACAGUCCAGUACUGGCACAGAUCUGAAGGAAAUCAAGUCAGUUACAGAAUGAGAUUAAAACUUGUCUUCACUAUCUGUGUGGCGGUGGUGGUGCACUCAAACGCUGUUCCAACUGUGGAAGAGACAUCGAAUCGAGGAGGCCUAGAGCAGCCAACUGACCAACCAGUGAAGAUAAGUGAUGAGGACAUCAACAUCGCGAUAAACAGUGUCUACUUUGGUAUUACAACCACCCCCACCAUACCUUCUGAUAGGAGUUAUGAUCGGGUAACAGAAAACCCUGUCGAUCAACGGCGAAACAACUUUCAGAAUGAAGUGUAUGGUGAUUGUGAAUGUGUUCCUUACUACCAAUGUGAUGAUAACAGGACAAUCAUUGAGAAUGGAGAAGGAAUUCUUGAUAUUAGGAUGAAUGGACCUUGUGCGGACUAUAUACAAGUUUGCUGCAAGACAGGGAAGACGUUGGGUCCUGACAAUCCCAUCACCCCACCCCCUGUUCCUAACUUUCACACAUGUGGCAGACGCAAUCUUCGAGGAGUCAGUUCUCUUCGUAUCACGGGAGAUGUGGAUAGUGAAGCUCAAUUCGGAGAGUUUCCAUGGAUGGUGGCUAUUAUUAAAAAGGACACUGUCAGUCCAAGUCAGACGCUCAAUAUUUACCAAUGUGGAGGUUCAUUGAUCCAUCCCCAGGUUGUACUCACAGCUGCCCACUGUGUCGUAGGGAAGACUGGUCUGAGCGUGAGGCUUGGAGAGUGGGAUACCCAACACAAGUCAGAGCCCCUUCCAACCCAAAAUAGAGUUGUGAAGGAUGUUGUCAUUCAUGAGGGAUACUACGCUGGGGCACUUUACAAUGAUAUUGCUCUGCUCUUCCUCGAGAUCCCGGCUGAUAUUGCUGAAAACGUUGCAACCAUCUGCUUGCCAGAGCAAGAUGAGAACAUGGACAACCGUAACUGUGUGGCCAGCGGCUGGGGAAAAGAUGUUUUUGGCAAGGAAGGAAAGAAUCAGGUAAUUCUGAAGAAGGUAGAUUUGCCGAUCGUUCGAAGAGAUCAGUGUCUCGAGUCUCUGCGCCAGACUAGACUGGGGCGACACUUCAAACUGCAUGAAUCAUUUAUCUGUGCAGGAGGCAUUGUAGGCAAGGACACCUGCAAGGGUGAUGGAGGCAGCCCCCUAGCAUGUCCCUCUCGUGAUAACCCAGCAGUAUAUGUCCAGGCUGGUAUUGUAGCUUGGGGUAUUGGCUGUGGUACAGACACACCAGGUGUUUACGCAGAUGUUAGCCAUUUCCGCAACUGGAUUGAUAACAAACUGAGCAUAUUCGACAUAGACGUUGACUGGAAAGAUGACACCAAUGGUCCUAGAUCCAUGAUCCACUCCAAACGUUAAAUCAGUGCAGACAGUUCCGUCAUAUAAAAUUUUCCACUCAUCUAAAAUCAAUUUGGAACAAAUCACAUAGAUAUAAAUACAAGGUUAUGGUACAUCUAGCUAAAAACUUCCAAAAUUGUAGCUGGUCCAGGCCUGGUCACCGAACAAAGUAAUAACUGGACAUCAUGUGAUCUGAGUAUACAUCACGAUUUGCACGUAUGAAUUAGUUUUAUCGUUGUAAUGUAACUAGUUGUUUCUAUUAUUAUAAAUAAAAUAUUUUUGUCAUGAA